AUGAUCCAACGAAUGUCGCCGACCGCGAAUGACGCGAGGUCAAUGCCGAUUGUUUUCAAACUCGACUCUGCCGGCUGUUACAGGGGUAGGAUCUCGUUUCCUGGUUACAUCAGCAAACCGACUGUUUUACCCGAGAUUCGGAAUCCGUCAACAAAACCACCCUUAAUGUUUGAGCUGCUGGAACAGGCUGAUCCGGUUUUCGAGACAGCGCUAAUUCACUCUGCUAAGGUUUAUGUUGGCGAGCGUGAAACCGAACCACGUCACCUUUCACCGAGGGUACAAGUGGUGCCGUCCGACAUGAAGACAUUUGAAGCCGCGAUAUGCUCUAUUACCGGCGAAGAGACCGUCGCGUCAAUCCGUGUGUUUGGUCAGGUUCUGCACGACUCUAUAGACGCUGUUACCCGUUACUUCCGCGACCGAUUUGAUUUUUCCGAGUUUUGUGCCUUGCUGGACGUUUGUCGAGGUGAUGAGCAGUGGGUGACCAUUGUGGAUUCUCUCUGUGACAAGAGUCCUGGACGCAAAUAUGAUGAUGCUCUACUUAGACGGAUGGUACAAUUCGUGACACGGAAUGAUCCGAACGGUUUCUGCAAAUUUAUCAACUCGGCCUCCGGCGACUACAUUGAUCGCCGCGUCCACGUAUGGGCUACUUUGUUAGGUCUUGAAUCGGACAAUCCAACCAAGACUGACUUGAUUCGGGCUGUGAAGACCAGGGGCCCUCCUGUGGAAAAUGACGAUUCGGGUGAAACUAAGAUAAAGAUCAAAAGGGGUAAGCGGCGUGCCGGUCCAAGAUCGGUAGCGUCCUUACCUGUGGCGACGGAUCUUACGUACAACGACGAGGCUUUCACUUUGCAGUUCCGGGGCAAGCUGAUCAAGUGGACAGUCCAGCAGUUUCAGCGGUGUACCGGUGCGACUCAGAUGCAGAUGAAUCUAUAUCAAGUGCCCAAGUCCGCCAUGGAGGCCCAGAAGCUAAUGAUUGGAAGCCUGGUAAAAGUCUCAGUUGAGAAGCAUGAGCGUACACUUUCUGUAUCAAUACACCGGAACUUUGACGAAUCUGCGGUGGAAGAACGCCACGAGGCUCUAGAUAGAAAUGUGCUUGUCAAGAUGUACGAUUCAGCCCCUGGAAUCACUUGUGUGUGGAUCCCCCAACCAUCACGUUCGGUGUCGAGGAUUCAGGCUUCGGUGCUGAAUGCGAAGUUCCCACCACUGCCACCUAAAACGACCAAGGACACCAUCAAGCCAUACUACGAGCGUGUCGACGACGAAAUCAACUAUGUCUCGAACGGGGUCACUACUACUGUGGCCAAGAGUGCACACAUCGGCUCAAUGAUGGGCAAUCUCGUAAGAGUAUCGGGGAAACAUGCCUGUAUUUUCAAGGUAUUGGAGGGCGCCAUAAAGUCUAGGUCUGUCUCUAGGCUACGGUGGGCUUUCGAAACAACUGUGACGCAACUGGAUUAUGUUGGAGUUGAAUGGAAGUCGAUCGGCAACUUUACCGUGGCCAGAAAGAUGGCUAACGCGAGAAUCAGGCAACAGCUUGAGACGGGCGAGCGGAAGGCAAACUACCGACUUGAAGUAUGCAACACCGCAUCUUACGAGUACUUCAAUGCCAAGAACACAGUCCUCGAUAGACCACCAGAGAAUGUACUCCCAGAAUCGAAGUACCUGGCAGUCCCGUGUCUCGCAUACCACGAUAUCGACCCCAAGACCCUAAAUGCCGCGGGGAAGAACAGUAACAUCCGCCUGCUUGACCAUAAUGUUGUGCGCCACAACGUGUACAAUGUGGAUGCUAAGUUCCAGCGCGCAAAGAUGAACUUCUUGGGUGGUCCUAACGUAACACGUCUUCAACUAAAGCCCCUCAAGGUUCCGGCGCCACAAGAUGAGGGCUCACAUUUCCAGCUGAGGACGGCUCACAUUCUAAUCCCACGGGAUCCCCAUGGGUGUGAGCGAGGUCUUAAGCUGAAGACAACCUGGAAAAAAGUCGCUACAGAUGCGCUUGUGAAUAAGGACCUAUUUGAGAAACAGAUGGGAUGUGAAGUCCGGGCUUGCAAACACACAACCAACGCUAGGCGUGGCACCCCCGGUCAAGAUGUUGUGAGUGAAACCGGGGGGGUUAUCGGCCGGCGAAGGCUCCCAGUGGCAGCAGAUUUCCCCAACGGCAGAUUGCCAUUUAAACUUAGCGAAUCCCACAAACUAACAUCGUACACCAUCAGUGUUAUUGAUCUUGUGGAUCGCGACAGUGACAGCGCUGUUGUCAAGGGCCUCGGAGUCUCGGACGUUGGGAUUUCGACAGCACACUCUAUAUAUGAUCCAGACAAUAAGCGCUUCUGGGAGUUUGGUCGAGGUGCCACUGGAUUUCUCUGCGAUACACUGGCCAAGAGAGUAGACAAGGAGAAGUCGGCUAAGAAUGUGUCGAUGGCAAGAUUGUUUAAGAGAGCCUUGCGUGCCCGUGUACGGCGUCUUCAUGAAGUAUGGCUUGCUGCCACCCUGGCACUAUUCUCCGAGUUUGCGUACUCGUUCUCUACCACUGCGGCCUGGAUGAAGUCCGAGUUAAGCAAGAGAACACACCGUCGAGCUGGAAUUCUCUCACUCUGUCGAUUCCACGACAAACUGACACGGGCCACAUCUUCACCAAAGUCAUCAUGUACUCUUGUGGAUUUGGGUGACGAAAAAUAUACGACAUCUAGAAAAAAACUAGUCCCCAAUGAUCUAAUAAAUGAAGGCGGUCUAGGUGAGCUUAACGCAAUGACCCUGCUACGAUGA